AUGCAGAAGUGCUUUGGCUUGUUCUGUGUGUCACUCAUCUUCUGUGCUACCCUCUCAGAGACCAUCGGCCUGGUGAUAGCGGCGAAAGAGAAGCGUGGCUGGACUCUGAACAGUGCUGGUUACCUGUUGGGGCCCCGUCGUAUUGAUCACCUAAUUCAGAUAAAGGAUUCUCCCAGUGCCAGAGGCAGAGAAGAGCUGGUCACUCAAUAUGGCAUAGAUGGGCACAGGACUCUAGGAGACAAGCCUGGUCUUGCUGGAAAGAGAGACAUGGGCCAGGAGGAAGACUUCAGAACAGGUUCUAUGAGGAUACCAGAUGAAGACAUCCUCCACGCUAUCGUUGACUUCCUUUCCUACCUCAAACUCAAAGAGAUGGGAGCCUUGGACAGCCUGCCUUCCUCAGUAACAUCAGAUGAAAUGGCCAAUCCAUAGUGAGAAGAUGUCUGCUCCUGUUACCCAAGUGUUACUUUGUGUGCACCUAUCCUGAUGACCUG